CCAAGCAAAAAUAUAAAUAAGUUAAAAAAACAGGAUAAUAAAGAGAAAUUUUUAAAAACCGUGAAAGUUUUGGGCCCAAAGUGCACUUGUUCAGCUAACCAGCACCAUGUCCGCCUACUACAACAUGUACGGAGGUGAUAACUAUGAUGAUGAGUCCAUUGGGGACGAGCGAAGUGAAGAAGAUACCGACGAUGCAAGCGAGACGGAGUUUCGCAGCCCGAACAGAUAUGGCGGCACGAAUGGCACGUCGUCCAGCAACAACAACAACAGCAGCACCAACAACAACAUCGGAAGCAACAGCGAGCUCAAAGAACAAAUGUACCAGCACAAGUUAAUGAACCUUGAGAAGCAAUUGGAUGAACUUAAUCAUCUCAUACAUCCCGAGUACUUGAAGCGUGUGAAAAAGUUAGAGAUUCAGCUAAAGGAACGUCGGAGGCUCAACGAAACGUACAGGGAUUACAUGCGGGAAUGUGUCGAGCGCGACUACAUAUUGGAGAAGAAGGCAGCGCAGAAGGAAUGUGACGAGAAGAUGAUGGACCUCAAGGAUAAUCUGCUGGCCGAUUUCGAGGAUCGCAAGCGGCAAAUUGAAAACGAACGCUAUAGUUUAGAGCUCACCAAUGAUUCAAUGGAGAUCAAGACGACGAUUACACGCAAACUACGGCGGCGUCCCAACGAACCAAUGCCCGUGAUUGAGAAACGCCGCAAACCUGCCACAGGCCAGCUGCUCGUCUACCAGUUAGACGACAAGGAAAUUGAAACGGAUCUCAAAAUGAUACAGCGUGGCAAGCCACUGGUCCCAAACGCCCUCCAGCAAAACGGCCUCAGCUCCUACGCAAAUUCCCAGCAACAUCAGCAGGCGCACGUGCUAAGCGAGCCGCCGGCGAAUAGCUAUGUGGAGACGCGUAUCGAGGAUAACAAACUACUAUAUGAACGUCGCUGGUUCUGUCGAGGACAGCACGUCUAUGUGGAGGGCAAGGACAUGGCGAAGUUUGCGGCGACAAUUACGGCAAUUGGUAACGAGGUGGUGUGGGUUAAGCGAUCCAACGAAAGCAAAGUCAAGAUUAAUAUGUCGCAUUUGGCAAAAGGAAAAAUAUCAAUAAAGCGUCGAUAGUUAAGUUGUUUAAGAGCCGAAACCGCUUCGUAGCGGUAGGAUGAUUGUAUAGUGGAAAUUUAUUUACCUAGACUAUAUUUAAACACUUUUAUUUAAAUUAUAACGAAAACAACCUUUACAUUGUAA